AUGUCUUCCUACCAGAAGAUCAACCCCACAACAUCACGCCCAGGGAUCAAACUCAAUUUGAGAGAUCUUGCUGCAGUGCGUCAAAUCCAGGCCAAAAACCGUAUAGGUCGUAGCCCGGAAGUCAAACUCUAUUUGAAAGACCUGGCGGCGGUUCGUCAGAUUCAGGCCAAAACCCGCACCCCUCGUGACCCAGCAAUUAAACUUAAUUUAAGAGACCUUGCUGUGUUGCGUAAGAACCAGGCCAAAGACCUCGAUACCACUAUGGGAGAAGCUGGAGUCAUCACCCCAGCUCCUUCUAGCCUUUCAGACGACAAGGCCUUGAUGGAUAUCGACAUUACUCCAACCCAUUCUAGCCCUUCAGACGAUAAGGACUUGAUGGAUAUCGACAUUAAAACCCAUUCUAGUCUUUCAGACGAUAAGGACUUGAUGGAUAUCGACGUGACCCCAACCCAUUCUAGCCUUUCAGACGACAAGGCCGUGAUGGAUAUCGACCCACCACAGGAGAAGUUACCCAACGGUAGCGGAAACUCUAAUCUUGAGACUGCCACCCCAGGACCCAUGGUCGACCACGACGACUUUAGCAUUGGCGAGCCAGCCCUCCCUCUCUCCGAAGCAGACAUUACGUACAAUGAGGACUCUGUCCAAAGAGCAGUUCUCCUUUGGGUCAAGGCUAAUAGCCUCCAAGGGACUGUCUCUACCAACGUUGCAACAUCUGAGACCCAGAGUCUCGCCCUUUCGGAACCACUCACCAGAACAAACCUUAAUUUUGGAGCCGCAGUCAACAAAACUGCCUAUACCAAACUUGCAACACAUGAGGCACAGAGCCUCCCCUUUCCGGAGGAAUCCACCACCACCACCACCACCACCACCACUACAACAAACUUUAAUUUCGGAGUCACAUUCGAUAGAACCACGGAAGGAAGCAACAGCCCAACCACGGGGAUGACCAGUAGCCUGGCCUCCACCCCCUCACCACCAGGCACCUACAUAUCACCAUACGGACCGGGCAAGCCCUUCCCCACCAAGAUCACCAAGCCGGCCAAACCCAGAAAACCCAAGCCCGCCAAGGAGCCUUCUGCCCUCGACAUGCAGAAGUACCAAGAAUAUCUCCAGAAAGCCAACCGUCUGAUGAUGCCAGACGAGAAACCCUACUACGAAUGGCAACAGAAACCAGACCGCAUGGACGUCGUCCACGUGCCGGGCCACCACCUCGAGCUCGACAAAUUCGGCCGUAUCGUCUCGGAACAGCUCUAUGAGCAGGAUUUUGGCGUCGGCAUGCACGAGCUUAGCGUUGCGUGCAGAAACCACAUCAUGGGAGGUGUAGAUGUGGCGUUCAAGCACUUGGGCAUCAAGCUCGAGGGCACGGAAACCUCACAUCUGAAAUUGAUGUGUAAGAGAGGAUAUUAGACGAACGACUUGGAUUUCAGGUUCAUCGUUUGGGCAAGUCAAGAAGAGAUGGAAUUUUGGGUUUUUCUUGCUGGUAUGCAAGUCGUGUUGAAAGUUCGUGGAGGAAGAUUCUUGUUUUUCGGGUGUGUCGGAAAAGGUGUUUUGGCGUUUGGUUGAUGGACGGUAUGCAAAUCGCCAUGAGGUGUUUGAAGAAAGAAGAGCGUUUAUUUUCGAGCGUUAGGAUUGUUGUUCGAGAAUCGGGUUAUAUCUUUCUUCUGAUCAGUUGAUACCAGUCAGU